UCAAUUUCUGCAGAUUGGAUACUGAAGCAUUGUGAUCCUUCAUUCUUUGACGAUGUUGGCAGCGAAGGGCAAGAGAAAACAAUCCCAUUUUGGCAGGACUCAACUAUCCAUGUUACCCAAGAUGAAGGAGGAUCAAAACAGAUUCAACAAGAGCAGAUUCAUGAGACCUGGCAGGACUCGACUAUCCAUUUUACCCAAGAUGAAGGAAGAUCAGAACAGAUUCAUGAAGAGCAGAAUGAUACAAGCCCUGGAUCCUUGCAUAGUGCAACAGAGAGUAAUUUUGCAGCUGAUUCUGGAAACCUAGACUUACCGGACGUGCCAGACAAUGGAUGUAACGCAACUUCAAACAUGUCAAAUGAGAAACAAAAGACUAGAAAGAGAUCUGGUGAUCCUCAACAGUGGAAGAAGAAUAUGCGUAAAAGAAACAAAGAUGAAGGUAAGGAAUAUAUCAGUCCUACCGGGAAAAAGUUUCCUGCAAAGGUGAUGCGGUCAUCAUGUUCAAACAGUUGCUGGUUGAAGUGUAGCGAAAACUUCAGCAGAGAAAUGAGAGAUCAGAUAUUCCUAGACUACUGGAGUGCUGGAGAUGCUGUUCGCCAACGGGAUUUUAUUCGCCGUAAUGUCAUUAAUAGGUCUUCUACCAAGCACCCUUCAUCUAAGCAAAGUCAAAGACAGAGAAAGGUCUACACUUUCCCACUUCCCAACUCGCGCAAACCUGUUUGCCGAACCUUCUUUCUCAAUACCCUUGGUAUUGGUGCGAAAUUGGUAAGAUACACGGUUGAAAAGAAUGAGGGCGACUUCAUAUCAGCAGAUCAACGUGGGAAGCAUACGCCUUACAACAAGACGGCAGUGGCAGAAGCAAACUUAAUUCGCGACCACAUCAAAAGCUUUUUUAGCUGUCGAGUCUCACUACUGCCGCAAGGAGAGCAGCAGGAAGUACCUCCCUGCUGAUCUGAAUAUUGCAACCC